AUGCCCCAGCCUUAUAGGACCGACUUUUGGGAGUCGUGGUUGUGGCAGAAUUUUACUAUUCCUUCUUCAGGAAGAAUUCAGCAUGUACAGAGAGUCCCUCAUACAGCCACCUCUUGGUGCAUAACUGGAUUCUCCAUUCAUCCUGAAUUCGGCCUGGGAAUCGUCAACCAGCCGAUCAAAUUCUCGACCUUCAAAAUAUUCUUCAUUAUUGACCACCUGCCACACUCCAUCCAACGGGGCGAGACGAUAUCGCUGCAUUUUACGGUGUUCAGCUCACUCGACGAAGAGUUUGAAGCUACCGUGACGAUGUUCAAUGCAAAGAAUCAAACACAAUUCAUUAAUCGUCCUACAGGAGAAACGAAUGAAACGAUAAUUGUGAUGGUUCCACCGAAAUCGGAUGCACCGGUUUCGUUCCUUGUGAAAGCAUUGAAGGUGGGUGAGAUGGAGAUCCGAUUGAACGCAUCGAUCAUGCAAGGCAUUAUCUCGGAUAGCUUCAAGAAAAUGUUAAAAGUACUUCCUGAGGACAUAGCGAUUCAAAGAUCAGAAACUAUAAAUUUUCAUAGUGAAACUCCUUCAAACGAAACGUCUUUCAACGUUUCUCUUUCUAUCGAUGAGAGAGCUGUGAAUAGCUCCAUUCUAAUUGGAGGUACUGUUUAUCCGAAUCAAAAAUGCUCAAAAGACAUUCCAAAUGACUAUUAUGUGUCACUUCAUUACGGAGAUAAAAUUUUAAUUAUUCAUGUAAAUUCAGAAUCCAAAGAAAACAUCACGAUUGAAUCGAUUCCUGAUAUCAGAUCAUUAACAAUGAUCGUCACCGGUUCCGGUUCGGGAUUGCUUCAGAUCAACUGGCAAUAUCGUCUAAGCUUGAUGCACUUCAAGCCCCGUUUUAACAUACAAAUAUCCAAGGUAAAAACACCUACUGAGUGGCUGUCGCAGUUUGAUAUUUGUUGCAGCUUCAUUCCAAAGAAUGGGAUGCAGUAUUCAAAUCGCACGGUUGUGGAAGUGAGCAUACCGACAGGUUACGCGAUGGACCAGCAUAAUGUACAGGAGAUCCCAACAACUAACCCCAUCAUUGAAAAUAAUGUGCAACAUGAUGGAACAACGAUGCUGGUGUACUUCAAUUAUAUGGUUCAAGAGGAAACUUGCUUAAGUCUUUUUGCGUACCGAAGGUAUAGACUGCACAUAAGGCGUCCCUCAUAUAUCAUGGUGCAAGAUACCCAUCGCCCAGAGUUGAAUGCGAUAGAGAUGUUCGACUUCUAUUAA